AUACAGCAAUAAUAAUGGAAGUAUCAGAUUACCAGCAAAGCAGUCGGGAGAGAGAGGGAGAGAUUAUAGUAGUUUAUGCCUUUGUUUGAUUCGAGAACUGAACGAACGUUCAUCUUCCUCAGCGGUUUGAAGAUGGGAAAGAGCCGAGUGAUGUUGCCGGUGACCGAAGUUGACUUGGCGGAAGUCAAGUAUGAAUCCGCAGGUUUUCAAGCUCCACAUUUGACUGGAACCACUCUGAAGUUGUUCGUAAGGUUGAUUGAAAUGCCAGUUAUUGGUCAUCUAAUCAUAUGGCAUAUGAAGAAGCAAAAUAGAAUUGAUCAGAUAUUGAACAAAAGUGUUGUACCGGAGACACCUAUGUAUAAACCUGAAUUUCCUCCUCAAGAACCAGAGCCUAGUGUUAUUGCUCUAGAAGAAGAUGGGAAGCCUGAAGACCGAGUUGGAUUAGGCUUCAAGUGUCUCAAACAUUAUGAUGCUGCUAGCUGUUGGGUGGAUCAAACCAAUACAUCUUUCCGUUACUGGACUAUACGCGACUAUGCAUAUGCUUAUAGGUCUAAGUUUACUACUCCAUCUAUGGUUGCUGAGCGUAUCAUAUCAGUAAUGGAGGAGAUUGCCAACAAUAUGCCUCCAAUGCCCAUGUUGAUAUCUUUUGAUCCUGAAGAUGUAAGGAAGCAAGCAGCUGCUUCUACACAAAGGUUUGAGGAAGGAAAUCCAAUAUCAAUCUUGGAUGGAAUUUUCAUGACCAUUAAGGAUGAUAUAGAUUGUUUACCUCAUCCAUCAAAGGGUGGCACAACAUGGUAUCAUGAAGUGCGUCCUGUUAAAAAGGAUGCAGUUUCUGUUUCAAAAUUGCGCAGCUGUGGUGUUGUUUUUGUGGGGAAAGGAAACAUGCAUGAACUAGGUUUAGGAACAACUGGGAAUAAUUCAAAUCAUGGAACCGUUAGAAAUCCGCAUGCUCCAGAGAGGUAUACAGGUGGAUCGUCUUCAGGUCCUGCAGCAAUUGUUGCUGCGGGCAUUUGUUCAGCUGCACUAGGAACAGAUGCAGGAGGUUCUGUUCGUAUACCUGCUUCUCUAUGUGGUGUGGUGGGAUUGAAGACUACUUAUGGACGGACAGACAUGACUGGGUCCAUAUUAGAUGUCGGGACAGUGGAGAUUAUAGGACCAAUUGCAUCAAAUGUUGAAGAUGUCAUUCUCGUGUAUUCAGCAAUACUUGGUUCUUCACCUGCUAAUAGAAUCAGUUUGAAACCGUCCCCUCCAUGUUUGCCUGAUUUAUCAUCUAGUGAGAACAUAGACGUUCUAGCUUCAAUAAAAUUAGGGAAGUACACCAAGUGGUUUAACGAUGUAUUUUCUUCUGAAAUCUCUGAGAAAUGUGACAGAGUUCUUAAGGUGCUUAUUGAGAAGUAUGGUUGCAAAACGAGUGAAGUUGUAGUACCUGAGAUGAAAGAGAUGCUCAUUGCCCAUAUGGUGUCUACUGGCUCUGAAUAUCUUGGUUCCCACAUUCCCCAUUGCAAGGAUGGGAAUGGUGUGAAACUUAAUUAUGAUAGUCGCACUAAUAUGGCCAUUUUCCAGUCAUUGACAGCUUCAGACUAUGUUGUUGCCCAACGUAUGAGGCGAAGGCUGAUGUACUAUUACACAGAGAUAUUCAACAAAGUGGAUGUCAUUGUGACCCCAACAACUGGUAUGACGGCGCCAGUAAUACCACCUGAUGCUCUUAAAUUUGGAGAGUCUGAUUUGAAGGUCACAGGUAAUCUUAUGCGAUAUGUUAUAUCAGCAAAUCUUCUUGGAUUUCCAGCAAUAUCUGUCCCUGUUGGAUAUGACAAGCAAGGACUGCCAAUAGGUCUACAAUUCAUAGGUCGCCCUUGGGCCGAAGCUACAAUUCUGCGUUUGGCUGCUGCAGUUGAGGAACUCAAUCUGGAGCCUAAGAAGAAACCUAAAAUCUUUUAUGACAUUUUAAAGAAGACCAGCUGAUUUCUUAAUGGAAUGAAGAAAUGGGUAAAAAGAGUAACCAAUAAUGCAAUUUCUCUAUAUAAUAUAUAAAGGCUUACAGUAAUUUGUUGAAGGCCUCAAAUUCAUUUCAUCAAAUGCACAGCUAGACCAGGUAAAAUCCUUGGUAUUUUUAUGUGUGUGUAAUAAAUGAAAUAAAAUACAAAUGUGUGUAAUUUAUGGGUGUAUUAUAAAUUAAAUAAAAUACAAAUGAAGAUUAUUGUUGUGUUAUUGUGUAAACAUGAAACUUGAUAAGUCUGUGUUAAUGUUUUUUUUCUUUUGAAAAUAAUGAAUUCUUUUUUAUUAU